AUGGAGAAGCUGUCGGAGGGGCAGCGGCAGCGGUGGGUCCGGGACCAGCAGCCGCGGCCUGAGGGCGAGGCGGCGGCGGCGGCCACACGAGCGGAUUGUCGCGGGCCGGAGACAGCUGCACCUAUUGUUGUGACCACCAGCUAUUGCCGCCUCUGCCAUGGCAAGUUUUCCUCCAGGAGUUUGCGGAAUGUCUUUGCAAAGGUUCCUCUGAUUGACACAAAUCCAGAGAGGCAGCGAAGAGCACAACAAACUUUCUGUGCCGAUUUCCAGAGGCUGGUUGGCAUUGUGGUAAGGCAGGAUCCCACCUUGCCCCAGUUUAUCUGCAGAAACUGUCACGCUCAGUUUUAUAAAUGCCGGAGUAUCCUGCGAAAUUUCAUUCAACGAGUGAAUUCUUCUCCCGUGGCUCCCGUACAGCGAGGACAAGAGGCGGGCAGGUUUUUUGCAGCCACUGAAAUGUCAUUCACACCAUCACUUUCACAGCCUCCAUUAGGUGAUUCAAUUCCUGAUAUCAAACAUAUGCUAAAUGAUAGACUCUUAAGUGCAAGCCCACAAUGUCUGCAGAUUCUAGUCACUUGGGCUCACCAUCAUGGCAGUAGCUGCAAAUCCACACCGAGCCUUCAGAGCGUCUUAUCUGCAGAGUAUCGUGGAGUGGUUGGAGCUGUGUGGGGCUGCCAGGAGGGGCACAGUUAUAUCCUGGACACACAUUUAAAUCACAGUGUUUCACUUAGUGAAGAGCACUGCCCACGCAAAGAGAAUAAUGAUCCAGUGAAAGAGGAAAUUGUGGAGAGCACAUCAUCACGCCUGUCUUCCCAGAAUGGAUCGGGCCCCGAAAAUGGCGAGGGCAGGUCUAUCUCGAAGCCUCAGCCAGUCCCAGUGUCACUUUGGUCGUUAGACUGCCAGCCUUGUACACACAGUGGGGUUGGUUCACAGCCAGCAGACACAGACAAUUCAGGCCAAUCGUCAUUGAACAAGGACAUGUUUUUACGAUCACAGCCUGUUGGUGUUGAAUGCUCUUGGGAAACACUUCACUUGCAGGAUGCUACUCGGGUUUUAAAAGCAAAAGGUCAAAUGAGCUGCAACAAAGCAUCGUGUUCCAUUAUGGUUGAUGCCGCUGAUGGGUUAGAGUCCAGUGAUCUCUCUGAUAGAUAUCUGUCAAGUGAAGAAGACCAAGGGGAACAAAUGAAGAGUGGCUCCUCAGAUGAGUCCUUUCAGCCGCACUGGGAGAAGAAUAAGAUACCCAAUAAAAAAUGUGAUCGUAAAGAAGUCAAGAAACCAACAGGGCAAAAGCGAGGCCGCAAACCUAAACUGAAUUCUGAAAGGGAAGAUCUGCCCACCAUGUACAGAUGUCAGUACAAGGGUUGUUGUGCAGUUUACAGAGGAGCUGAUGGACUGAAGAAACACAUAAAAGAACAUCACGAAGAGGUGCGUGAACGACCCUGCCCGCACCCAGGGUGCAACAAGGUGUUUCUGAUCGAUCGUUACCUACAACGUCACGUGAAGCUCAUUCACACAGAGGAGAGGAAUUACAUCUGUGAUGAGUGUGGACAAACAUUCAAACAGCGAAAGCAUCUUUCAGUUCAUCAAAUGCGCCACUCAGGAGCAAAACCUCUACAGUGUGAAAUUUGUGGUUUCCAGUGCAGACAAAGAGCAUCCCUGAAGUACCACAUGACGAAGCACAAGGCAGAGGCUGAACUUGAUUUUGCCUGUGACCAGUGUGGGAAGCGGUUUGAAAAGGCGCACAAUCUGAACGUUCACAUGUCUAUGGUUCACCCUUUGACCCAGAACACAGAUAAAAACAAACCAACUGAGACUGCUGAAAAAGAAUUAACGAACAAGACAUUCACUGACCAGGAUCCCAGUUAGUGAACAGUUACCUGCUAGCAAAGGACCCAUGUACACAGUAAGAUAUGGAAUAUUUACACCUCAUGGUUUUUCAGUGUCAGCAGGACCUGCGUUGGAACAGAUUGACCUUUUACUUAUUUGAACAACAGGGAACCCAGAUUCAACAACAAAAAAAACUCAUCAAACGGCAUCAAUUUCCUUUCAAAUGUAACUACAUGUACCUAACAAACUUAGGUGUCUAAGUGCCAAGCUCUACUUGCUGUUUAUAGCUUUGAAAUGUAGAUUUGGAUAACCAAUAAUUGUUAACUUGCAGAUAAGAGAUUUGGAUGAGUUGUCUGAGGACGUUGCUUAUAAUUACACUGAUUUAAAACAGAUUUGCAACUGAAUGAGUAUCGUGCUUAAUGAGAGUACUGGAAGAGGGUUUGAUUGAUUUCCCACUGAUUGCCUUCCAUUUCACUUCUGUUAGCCAGUGAGCACAAUUCUGGCUUGAAUGUAGAUAGUUUGUGUAGUUCAUUGAAUACCCAGACCUCAAAAAGGGAACUGAUUUUACACAAUGAGCUUUCAGCCCCUUAGCUAGAUUAUUGAAUAACUCUUUAAGUAUGAAAUCAAUGUGAUGGUUGCUGAGGUUGGACAGAAAUGUUAUCACCGACAGAUAAGUUACGCAGAAUGCUAUCAUCAAAUUGGCAUUCUAGCACUAAAUACAUUUAAAUAUAAUUUUACUAACUAUUGCCUCAUUUAUUCACUUAUUUAAAUAAUGUUUAAUGUAAUCCUGCUAAGAGCCCACUUUGGUGCUGGCAGUAAACAGAUUCUGGAGAGUGAAGCAACAAUAACAACUUGAAUUUAGAUAGCGCCCUUCAUGCAGAGUAGUGUCUCAGUGCGUUGGCAGAUGUAAGCAUCAAUCGUGAAAGUACUAAAACAAAUUGAGGUGCCUUCGCUGUGAACAUGCAGUGCAAGAGCAGGGCAAGAUUCACAUUCACUUAAUAUGACUUUCUUUGGAGCAUUUUUUCAGCUGACAAUACAAUUUUUUCUGAAGGGCUACCUGAUUUUGCUAUGGAUCAACAGAAUAUAGUGUGUGUGUGUGUAUAUAUAUAUAGAUAUAUAUGUAGUGUGUGUGUAU